GGGGGAAUCCGUAAUCAAAGAUACCUCAGAAGGGGAGAAGCGUAAUUUGACAUCUACCCAAACUCACCUCAUUCUCAUUCUUCCUCUAAACAGUCCUUUUCUCUCUAUCUCUCUCCUCUCAGUUGUCACUUUUUUCUUUCUGGCUCACAAAAACCACACUCUUAAACCUCAUUCUCUCUGUGUCUGUGUAAUUCAGCCAUGGGUACCCUGUUUGGGAGAAUUCAGAUCUCAAUACUCAUCAUCUUGUUAAUGGGUCUAUGCAGCAAUUGUGUUGAAGAUUCUUCUUCCAUUCAUUCUCUUUUGCGAUCGAUGGGGCCACCGGCAGGGCUUGUUCCCAAGCAAGCCAAAUCUUACACACUCGCUGAAAAUGGUCGUUUGGAAGUGUAUUUAGAUGCUCCGUGUAUGGCUAAAUAUGAGAAUAGAGUGAUUUUCGACACUGUUUUUAGUGCUAAUCUUAGCUAUGGAAGCUUGAUUGGUGUGGAGGGUAUGUCUCAAGAAGAGCUUUUUCUGUGGCUACCUGUUAAAGAUAUCAUUGUUAAUUACCCUACUUCUGGUGUUAUUCUUAUUGACAUUGGUGUUGCUCAUAAACAACUCUCUUUGUCUCUCUUUGAAGAUCCUCCUGACUGUAACCCUCAAGUUACAUUGAGGAAUCCUUUGAGGAGGCAAAGAGGCUUUGAAUCUCUAAGAUGAAAGGGCAAACAACACAUAAAUAUAUAUAUAUAUAUAUAUGUCAAAUUCAAGUUUCCAACUUUUGUAUUUAUAUCAUUUUAUUGUAAUAAUUUCAUUUUUUUUCGAAAAAAAAAAACAGAAACCAAUUGUCACACUUUAGUAUAUAAUGAGAGCUUGUGUGGUGAAAUUUUGGAAUUAAGUUUCAUUUCCAAUUGUCA